AUGGCCGACGGCGGCGGCGGCGAGCUGGAGGCCAGCGGUGGAUCAGCGCCGGUGUUCGAUGGCCGCGGCGGCAGCGGCGAACUGGGGGCCAGUGGUGGAUCAGUGCCGGCCCUGCCGCGCCCGUGGGAUCUGAUGACGACGGCGGCGGCGGAGGCGGCGCCCUUGCGACCACGCGCUCCAAGAAGGGGCCGUCGUCCUCAACCGCCACGCUCGAGACAGAGACGGAGUUCGACCGCAAUGCGCGUGCCAUCCGCGAGAUACAGCUCAAGCAGGCCCAUGAGUCCCUUAAGAAGAAUCCCUCCGGUGCCUCUGUCUCCGCCUCCGGGGAGGGAGCCAUUCGUUGAUCCAGUGGUCACCAAAUGCAAGCACUACUUUUGUGAACAUUGCGGUUUGAAGAGGCUCUAUCAGGAUGCUCGGAACAAGCUAAGAGGGCAAAAGAUUGGUCUUUUUCUUGCUAUACUGCCAGAGAAAAACGACAGUUUUUAUGAAGCUGGUGACUGA